AUGAAAAACUUCUUCACAGAAGUGCUUUCGGACUUCUUUUUCGAGUAUGAGACCCCCAGGCAGGUGCUGGUGAAGAACCGGAAAGUGGGCAUCGCCUGUAGGAUUAUCCAGUUGGGAGUCCUGGCUUACAUCAUAGGAUGGGUGUUCAUCUAUGAGAAAGGUUAUCAGAUUCAGGACACGGCUAUAAGCUCCAUCUCUACUAAGAUGAAAGGAGUGGCCUACACUGAAAGCAACGGUGGGGAGAGGAUCUGGGACGUGUCCGACUAUGUAUACCCUGAUCAGGGUGACCCGUCCUUUGUCAUCAUGACCAACUUCAUUGCUACUAAAGGACAAUCACAAGGCGCAUGUCCAGAGCUGCCGGACGGGUCAAACAACUGCACGACGGAUGCAGAUUGCCCCAAGGGGCAGUAUAGACGGGCAGGAAAUGGGCGAAUGACUGGAAAGUGCGUGCCAGAAAACAAAACGUGUGAGAUUGUGACCUGGUGCCCUGUUGAAGACGAUCGUGUGAUACCCACUCCUGCACGCCUGGCAGCAGCAGAGAACUUCACACUGUUCAUCAAAAACUCCAUCUCCUUCCCAGAGUUUGGUAUAGUCAGGAGUAAUCUAGUGGAAAGUGUGGAUCAGAAUUACCUUAAAACCUGCCUGUACGAACCCACCAAGCACCCGCUGUGUCCCAUAUUUAAACUGAGUGACAUCGUCAAGCUCUCCGGGUUCGAUUUCACACAGAUUGCACGAGUGGGUGGAGCAUUAGGAAUUUUAAUUGAGUGGGAGUGUAAUCUAGAUCUGAGGAUUGAAAAAUGCCAGCCCACAUACAAAUUCCAAGGUCUGUAUGGGAAUACAAAAGAGGGAGCAAGUGGGCCAGCGUCACUCGGCUACAACUUCAGAAAGGCGAUAUAUUACGUGGAGAAUAAAAUAGAAAAGAGAUCUUUGAUGAAAGUCUUUGGUCUAAGAAUUGAGAUCAUCGUUCAUGGACUGGCCAGAAAAUUUGAUGUCAUUCCUACACUGACGGCUAUAGGAUCUGGAGUGGGAAUAUUUGGAGUGGCUAAUGUCGUGUGUGAUCUGGUGCUCCUGCAUUUAGUACCAAAGAAGGAUUUCUAUAAAAACCUCAAAUUUAAAUCCACACCAGUUCAGGAAAAGGGAACAGUUAUAGAAUCAGUAGUAACAAACACUGCACAGGAUGGAGCGCAGGAGAAAUGACGACGGUGUGUGACUAGACUACUGCACUGAAACAACUACAACAACAAACAGCACACAUACUGAACCCAGGACACUACACCAGGAGGAGCGGAGGUUUCCAAGAUUUCAUGAUUUACCUCACAUA